UCGUAAAGCCGCCAUUUUGCGCCGUGCUCCAGCCGCUGUGCGCUCGUUUCGUUGCGACAGAGGAGGAGAAGCCAGUCCUGGCUGGGAUGAGCUCGGAGCCGGGGGUGGGGGAGUCGGAGGAAGCAGCUCCCAGCAGUCCGCUCUGCCUGACCGAGCCCGCCGCGUCCCUCAUCAGCCACUACAGGGAGGAAGAUGACGAAGACGAUGUGCAUAAAUGUGGCCGCUGUCAGACAGAAUUCACGAGCCUGGAAGAGUUUGUCCAGCACAAGGUACAAAAGAUGUGUCAGAGGGCCGUGGAGCAGUCCCUGGAGUCUUCCAUACCAGUCCUCAGCAGCCAGGAGCAGGUGGUUCCUUCUGUAGAGGAUCCUGUGAGCAUCUCCCACGUGGUUGUGGAGGCCUCAUCAGAGGAGAUCAGCACUGCAGACGAUCAAGCAGCCUUUGAAGAGGUAAAGGAUUCUAUCCCCACUGAGGAGACUCUUGAUGAUGACCAGAGAAGUGAUACCCAGGAAUAUGAUUUGGAUUGGCAUGAUGAGGACCCGGAGGAAGCACAAGAUGAGACCUCGAUGAUGAAAAUGGUUGUGGAUGACAGAGGUCGCUAUGUGUGCCAGUUGUGCGAGAAGACAUUUAAGACAGCUAACAUUCUGAAAGCACACAUGCUCAUCCACUCCAACAGGAAAGACUUUGUUUGUAGAAUGUGUGGGGACGCCUUCAGGACAAAGGGCUCCCUAAUUAGACACCACCGGCGGCACACAGAUGAGCGACCCUAUGUUUGCUCAAAGUGUGGCAAGAGUUUCCGAGAAUCUGGGGCGUUAUCCCGGCACAUGAGGUCCCUCACUCCCUGCACUGAGAAGAUGAUGAUCAAUAUGGAGAAAACCUAUAUGAACAGCCGGGAUGAGAACUCGUCAGACAUUGCAUCUACGGACACUUCUUCCCAGACGGGGACAGAUGAGGUAAAUGGCUCUCCAGUGAUGCGUUUUUUGGCAGAUGAGAAGGGCAACCUACUGCACGAGGUCCAGGUGCAAACAGUGGCUGUUAAACCUGGGACAGAUAUCAUAGUGGGCAACACAGAAGAAUUGGUGUGUCCUCAGUGUGGUGAAAUCUGCAAGACUAGCAACUCCUUGAAGGUACAUCUGAAGGGUCAUGAAGGUUGUAAACUGUACCGAUGCGACCAGUGUGGUCGGGAGUUCUUAAAGGCUCAUCUGCUCAGGAAGCACCAGGAAUCGCAUGGCGAUAACCGUAAAUACAAGUGUGGUGAGUGCGGGAAGCUGUACAAGACGGUUGCUCACGUCAAAGGUCACAUGAGAGUUCACUCAGAAGACAGGCCAUUCCCCUGCCCCAAGUGUGGGAAGAGAUAUAAAACAAAGAAUGCUCAGCAAGUGCAUUACCGCACCCACUUUGCAGACAGGCCGUUUGUUUGUCCAUACUGCCCUAACAGCUUCCGGGAGAAGGGUUCCCUGGUGCGGCACAUCAGGCACCACACGGGAGAAAAGCCUUACAAGUGUCACAAGUGCGGCAGAGCGUUUGCAGAGCAUGGAACACUAAAUCGCCAUAUGAAAACCAAAGGUGGCUGUGCAGCACAUCUGCAAAACUUGGCAGGUUGUGGCAGUAAUUCCAUGGCUGAUGACAUCCUGUCCGAGGAGCCGCACACAGUGCUGGUAGAGUUCUCUUCAGUGGUUGCUGACACUCAGGAAUAUAUUAUUGAGGCGACCUCUGAAGAUUUUGAGACCAGUGAGGCUGCUGAGCUACUGCAAAGCACAGGAACACACCAGAUGAACAGCCAUAUAUUGAAGGUGGUCCAGCAGAUAGUGAACACAGCCAGUCCUGGCCAGCAGAUCAUCGUACAGAAUGUAACACUGGAUGACAGCACUGAGCCCUGCAUAGAGGAGGUCCCCACUACAGACACUAUUACUAUAGCAACUCCAGAAUCUCUGACUGAACAAGUGGCCCUGACUUUGGCCUCAGCUGUUGGAGAUGGGACAUUGAUAACGAGUGAAGCCGCUGGCAGUGAGGAGGUUAUUGUGCCGGAGGAAGUGGAAAUAACCGAGGAAUUGGCAAUGCCGGAGGAAGUGGUGACACACGAAGAUCUAAAAAUGGUGGAGCAAAACGGAGACGAAUUUGUUCUCACCGCAAUACAUGAAGAGGUGGAGGUCCAAACUGUGAUUUUGUAGCUGAUUGCUGCUUUCUAUGUAGCAAAGAAACGGGGAGCAAAAUACUGUCUGGUGUGGCCAGCAACGGAUAGUAUACAUUUUCAGCCACUAGAUGGUGCUGUGACUGGGAAUGUCAGGCACAAUAGUCUACAGGCUAACCCACUACAGGGUUCUUCCUUCUCUAAAUGACUGGUGCAGGACUGUGAACCGUUUUCACACACUUCCUGGCCUUCUCAGGCCUUUUGGCAAAAACCAUGUGGAAUGUUAGAAUGGUAGUUGUGCCUUGGAACUUUGCUUCUGAAUUGCCUCUUGUACAUGAACUCUGAAAUCUACUGAUAAAUACUGUUGUGGGUAGCUGCACCCAGGUCUUUCUCACAUUGAGAAGUCUGCAGCUUUAUAAGCAUAAAUGAAGGCUGCAAAUGGCUGGGCCUUUGUGGGUUGUGGUGGAUCCUCUGGGCAACCACUGGAAGGCUUUCUUUUGAUUUGUGUGUAGGCACAAUUGUAUGGCCACCAUUAAACAAGAAUUCCAGGUUAAAAAAGA